AUGUGUAUUUUAUCUCAAAAAUUUUUAAGUUACGCUCAAAAUAAUUUCUACUAAAUCAAGAACUUCUUUCCUAAUUUAAAUUGUCUGUAAAACCAAUCCAUUUCAUAAAAUUUUAUUCAAUAAUAAAGUAUUAUACAAAUAUUUAGAAAAUAUUUGUAUAAUACUUUUUAAUGUAUAUGUAUAUAUAUAUUUAGGGAAGGAAUAAGAGAUUUAAAAAAUGAGGAUGUUGUUUCGAAAGACUUAGCUUGUCAAGCCCCUUAGAAGCGCAUCAAAGUUAUUUGAAUUCAGCACUUACAAGCUUAUUAAACUUCUAGGUCAGAAAAGGAAACUCAUAUUAAUUAAAUUAAUAAAUUGAAUGCUAUUUGUGAUUAUGGAAAACAAUUGUACAGG